AUUGAACGCGAAAGGACUUCUACGAAUCCCGCCACUCUCACCCCUCGUCCGCAUUGGCCUUUCUUCCAUAUCUCAAAGCAGAUCCCAUUAUCUGCUGUCGGAGCUGUUCUCUCGUUCAUUGCUUUUCCAUCUAUCCAGCUACAGAAACGAUACACUACAACAUCUUCGACUUCCAUACCUCUCCCCACCACACCACCGCAACCAUGCCAGUCACCCGCUCCGUCCCCAUGCUCAGCCUCGAAGCCGCCGUAAUAGCCUCCAACGCAGCCCAAGAAAAAGCCAAACAACUGGGCAUCGACUUCAACAUCGCCCUCGUCGACUCCUCCCUCCACCUCCUCCACUUCACCCGCAUGCCCACCGCCAAACUCACCUCCAUCGACAUCGCGAUCAACAAAGCCUUCACGGCCGCUGGCCACCGCUUGCCCACAUCCGCGUACAGUACUGGUAACGGGGCGAAGAACUUCCAGCCGGGUGGGGUGGCGUAUAGUAUUCAUAACAGCAAUGGGGGGAGGUUUUCGUUGAUUGGAGGUGGGAUACCGAUUGAGGUUGAGGGAACGGUGGUGGGCGCGAUUGGAGUAAGUACGGGGACGCCGGCGCAGGAUGCGGAGGUUGCGCAGGCGGGGGUUGAUGCGGUUAAGGCUUGGGAGGGGAGGAGGACGGGGCCGAAGUUGUGA